AUAGCGAGGCUCAGUGUCCAUCCAGACGUGGUAGAGAGAGGACGUGUGCCGCGGUGCUCCUCGCUGGGGGGGGGUAUAUACAUUUCCAAGUAUGAUCGUUUCUCACCGGAUUUGAGCGACUCUCGGCGACUUGAAGUGUCCCUUAGAUAUGAUGGUGUUAGCACGGGCAUUGUGGGUACCAUGUGUGAUAUUUCAAGCCUUGCAAGUGACUUCAGCGGCUCUCUGUCCCCCGUCUGCUGUUCCUAUCAACUGUAAAGUGGAAGUUGCUGGAGAAACUUCUACUUAUACGUGUGAUGAAGGCUACACGUUAUUCGGACCUUCCACGCGAUCUUGCAACCCCGCUGGGAUCUGGGAUGGGAACCUACCGAUUUGUGCUACCAACAUCGCCUACCUUCGACCGGCCAACCAGAGCUCAACCACAAGGGGAGCAGAGCCGUUCAAAGCAAAUGAUGGGAUAAAGUCUCACUUGCACGAAGGAAACCAGUGUGCUGUUACCCAGGCUGAGACAUCCCCGUGGUGGAAGGUCGAUCUACUACAAGAAUACACGGUUGUUGUGGUUAUCGUCACUACAAGGGCGUGCUGUGACUCGCCCGCACUUAUGAACUUGGAAAUUCGGGUUGGAAAUUCGCUUGAUAUUCAGAAGAACAGGCUAUGUGCGUGGGAGCCUGGAAAAGUGGAGGAGGGGAGUAAUGUCAAAUUCGAAUGCGCUCUACCGCUGAAGGGCAGAUAUGUCAUAUUGCAAACGGCCGGUCGAGAAAGUGAGCUAUCUCUCUGCGAGGUGGAGGUCUACAGCACGGAGGAGUUCGCGAAAGAAUGUUCUGUUACAGCUGACAUCAAGACCAUUGGGGUAUUUAACAAGACCUGCUAUCAAUUCAACAGCGACGAGAGACAGCUUUGA